UGUAGAGGACGCCGGUGAGAGGGCGCUCACGCUGGAACACCAACCAGUGCCCUAACGGGCUCACGAUUUUGAUUUUGUUCGUCGUCAUUCCGACGGGGGGACUUUGGGUUUUCUUGUGCAUCCUACUCUGUUCACGCAACUCGGACGUACGGCGUGUCUACCGACUUGCUCACUCUUCACUUUGCAGACGUUUUGUAUAUCCAAUUGCUCAGCUGAGCUAUGGAUUCACCGCCUAAUGUCCCGUACCAGGCCUACAAAUCGAAACGACAUUCCCGGGCAAUCUCCUCUAUUCAUCUGGUUCCAAAUGUCUCCCCGCCGCCGCUAUCACGCCCAUCGAGCAUCAUAUCUACCGUGCCGUCCAUCCCAGCUCCCACGUUCAAUCGUCCACACGAAUACUAUGAGUCCGAGAAGGUCCUGACAGUCUCCACGGAGUAUCCAAGUGUCGUUACUGUCGUAACAGACAAGACUCGAGCACCCAGCGUCGAUAUCGUACAUUCGAAGGACCUUCCUUCAUCACCGACCACUAAUGACUCGUCAACUAGUACCGAGUUGCCUUCCCCGGCAAGCAUCGAUGUUGCGUUGCCAGAUCCUGUGCAGGCGUCCGUGCCCGAUGAGGAGCCAGUUCCACGUACAAACGGGAAAGACAAAGAAAUAGAAUUACCAUCUUCAUCUCCUGCGCCGUCCAUAACGAAACUGCCUCCCACUUCCCCGAAACCAUCCAAGUUCAGGCGCCUCCGUCCGCCCGCUGCAAAAUCCCCGCUUGCUUCGCCUCUCCGCCCACCCGUCACGCACUCCCCCGCACCAUCGACAUCCAGCCGUCAACUCGAUGCACCGCAUUCACCUGUGAUGCAUAGCCGUGUCACCUCAGUUACAUCAGUGAUAUCAGAUAGCAGUAAACUACCUCCGCCAGUCUUGCUCCGAAGAGAGACCACCCCCUUUCCUCAUAACCUCAUCAACCCACCCCCGCGCUCAUCUUCGAUGGUCCCGCCCCUCCCACCACCUAAACUCUACUCGCCCACACCCACACCGGCAUCCCUACCGGUAACUUCUACAUCAGCCCCAGUAUCAACACCCGCCUCGGCAUCGGCUUCUCCAACAGCGUCAACUCCAUCCCUCCCCUCCACCUCAUCUGCACCUGCAUCUUCCUCUGCACAUACACGUGCAUCCACCCCUGCACGAUCUACGGCGCCCUACCGUCCAGGCUUUCAGCCCAAGGGUGUGUACCGGCCUCGUACAGAUGAAUUUGCUGAAUAUCGGAGGAAACGUGCUGACGAGGGGCGCAUUGAAAGGACGAAGCUUGAGCGGAGACUCGAAAAGCUCAUCGCUCUUCAUUUUCCUGUGGAGAAUUCUGCUGAGAAGGGCGUGGGUGCGAGGAAAGAUGCCGUCAGUGUUAAUGGAAAGGGAAGAGGGAUGGAGAAGAGGAGGGCCUCGUCGUUUUUUAAUCUUGAUCUUAAGAACGUGGAUGCAGGUGAACUGUGGAAAGGGGUAUUGCAAUCCCAAAUGAUACAGGGAUCCAAUGGUGAUACUCGAGCUGCAGAGCAGCGGAUAACACCUUGGCAGGACGAUGCCGCCGUAUCUAAAUGUCCUCUAUGCAUCGCUUCCUUUCACCCACUCACGAACCGUAAACACCACUGCCGCCUUUGUGGGACUAUCAUCUGCAGCCUCCCCCAAAAGCUCCCGCAGCGCCAGAGCCCCUGUUCAGUGCUCUUCGUCGUCGAUGCCAAAACGCGGCGCAUCGAGGAAGUCGGGGAGGGCGUCGAUUACGGUGUACGUCGUGCGGGCGCUGGCGAGGAGGAGAAAUUCCUCCGCGGCGUCAGGAUAUGCCGCGGCUGCAGACCUGUGCUCACGCGCCAGCAGUACUGGCAGGAGAUGGCAAGCGUGCCGCCGUUUGUAAGGUUUUAUGAUGCGUUUAUUAGCCUCGAGAAAGAGAUCGAGGAUGCCAUUCCGCAGUUUCAGGACCUCCUUCUUACGCUCAGCAAUGAUGACCAGCCUACUAAAGAAGCGUCCGCAGCACGGAAACGCCUCCUCGAUGCGUUUGCCCAAUACGACGCUUUGGCCAAACGGAUACGUGCCAUGCCUUGCAUUACAGGGUCUUCGCAGAACCACGUACAGCUUGCAGUGCUCAGCAGGGCGAAUCUAUUUCUGCAAAAACACAUGUUCCCAUUACAAUCUCUGCCCAAGCCUAAGAAGCGUGAUUCAAAUUCGUCGCCUGCGCCUUUCGAGACACCGCUUGUGGAUCCUGAUUCGGACCUUGCCCAUACACUACAGCCGCUUCUGGAACAAGAGGCUCUGCUCGAAUCCUUUGUCGGUGAGGCGAUGGCACAACGCAAGUUCGAAGACGCGAAGACACUCAAGGCGAACCUCGCCGAAAUCAGAGCUGAGAUCGAUCGUAUGUUAGGUGGUGGUGCACGAUGAGACGAUGCGCAUGGGGUGAUUAUAGCUGGUUGACAUGGGGUGAUUAUAACUGGUUGACGACGACUUGUCCAUGCAUGCAAAACACGAUAAUAUCUUUGAAUCUACCAUCACAUCCGCAUCCUCAUUUUAUCGCUCUAAUAGAUCUUUAUGCUUUGGGACCUUCUUAUUUCAUAUACACAUCACCUCAUGUAGGAUCCAGCAUAAUAUAGGCAUGGA